UCAUCAUUCAGUGUACUUUAGUGGUGUAGUUUUUUAUAAAGUGUUUAAAAUGAGAACAUUUUAAGAACAACAUAUCAUAAUUUGUCUUUGCAGCUAAAUUUUAAAUUUUGAAAUAUCUUCAUAAAAUAUGUGGAAUUUUGUUGUUGUGGUAUUCAUUGUUGACGUAACGUUUUUACAAGUCUCCUGUCGAGAACAUCAAAAAAGUUCAAGUACCUCGAAUGAUAUUCAAUAUAGAAGAUAUCUUAACAAGGAAGCAUCCGUGGACUGUUUUGAUGCUUUUGAUGAAUGCAGAAAAAUAAGGGAGUGUCGGAGAGCCUUGAGAGGGUUAAAUAAAAGAUGCAAGGUUGUUUCCGGACGUUGCAGUGCUGAAAUGGUUGAUCUUCCCAGAUGUGGACAAACUAUGGAUCAUCUCUUUCAGUAUGGAUUCCCAGGAACAAGAUGCAAAUGUUAUCACAACUUGAGAAGAUGUUUCACAAUGUUUAAUAUGAUCUAUGCCAACCCAUGUUUUGCAUCGAUCCGACAUCUUCGAAAAAACGACCUUUUCCCGCAAGAAAUAACUGCAUACGAUAAAGUUGGUGGUGUAGAAGCAACCACGUUUUCAGCGGAUGUCACAAACUCGGACCAACUAAACGGUCAGGAAACGGACAUGAAAGACGAACUUGACGCACUGAGUUAUGCUGUUACAUACACGAUCAGUAGUGCGCAAACAGAUUGACCGGCUCAAUUUUUUACACGAAAUGUAAAACGGUUCACAGCGAGAAUCGCCGCGACGAUGCAACAGUCAGUACUUCAGCUUCGAAGCAACCUUGUAUUACAAAAACGAAAGAAACAAAUUCGGAACAUUUUUAUUCGAAAGCGUGAUACUUACUUGUUAUAUGUCAUUGAUGUUUUUUUUACAUCUACAUUAGUUCAAAUCGUGUGUUUUUUGCCUUUUAUUGCCACUCAUCAUUGGCCAUAUAUUGCCGUUCAAACGUAAUCUGCCUGACCUAUAGUUAUAUACAAGGAUGCCAUAAGAAUUGAAGCAAAAUUAUACAAAAUUUUCAGUUAUUUGUCAUAGAUGCAUUUCAAGAAUCCAAAUAACCAAAUUUGUUAUUAUAUUUGUAACAUUCGAAAUUUUUGCAUUUAACUCAAUUUUAGGCUAAAUUUUCACAAAUGAAAUCUGGCAUAUAUCAUGAUUUUGUGGCACAAUAUAUUUUUUUUGUUUGUUGCACAAUACAUCAAUUAAGAACAUUUGAAAUCAAAAUGCUAUGCAAAGAGAAUUUCUGAAAUAUCAAAUAAUCCAAUCGAAUAAAGACAUACAUCCUUGAAUUUACAUAACGUUAUAUAUUAGUAUUAGGCUAGAUGUACUUUCAAAACCAUUUCACGAUACAUUCUCCUUAUUUUUAAGCUGUUCUCGCUGAACCCGAGUAAGUAACUAUGACGGCCUUAACAUGCCAUGAAGCGUAUCCAAACUGUUCAAAAAGACAAAACAAACGAAGUUUACUAAACUUGACUACUGUUAUAGGCAUUUCCUUUGAAAAUUUCUGUCGAAUGACUCUGUUCUAAGGUCACAAAAGGGCUAUGGUGUAUAAAAUUUGAUCGUAAUUUCAACCAGCGCACCUUCGAUUAAAGCUUGAUUUGAAUAAUUUACUUCCAUAUAUCUUCUGCGUGAUAAAUUAAUCUUGCAAUAUUUACAAAUUGAGUAAAACACAAUUGGGCAAGGCUGAGUUAUUUAGUAUUAGAUACUAAAGGAUAUGGAAAAGUUACAGCAAAUGCAUUAUGAAUUAAUGUGUUUUUCAUAUUAAUUCUCUGCAAACAAUUCAUGCAUGGAUAGGUCAAAGGUGCUUUCAUACCAGCACUAGACCAUAUAUCAUUUUUGAAUGAUUUGUCGUCAACUUCUAAAGAAUGAAAAGCAUGUUUAAGCAUCAAAGGUGAAUACGUAACUUGCCAUUACUGCCUAUAUCCAAUACAGCCCAUCUUAUUUUUGUGUUUGUAAUGCUCUCUCUGUCGCAUUUGGCCCACAUUAUUUCAUAUUUGCACCAUGCUUGUCUAUUUACUUCAACAGUGUAUGUUAGUAUUUUUUUAUUUACUUUAUUUCAUUAUUCCAUUUGUUGAGAUUUUAAUACAAUUAAAUUAUUUCAUUUUCA